AUUAGAACCCCAAAAUUUACCGAACCUAUCGAUGCGAGGGGCGUUUUUAGGUCAAAAUAUUUUAGUAACUUCAAAUCAACAGAGUUAAGUCUACUCCAAAAACGGAUAAUUCCAAAGAGUUACAAAGCUACUGGACUUACACUUACGCACUGAGAAAAUGUAAAAUUUGGGGCCUGCGACCACCACGGACCUUCAAGAAUUCCACUGGAGACGAGCGUUUGCAGUAGCGAAACAAUGGACUGCCAUCAUCGCAUUGAAGUGCCCCUUCGGGCUGGCAAGAAAAUGAAGAAACGUCGCGAGCUGGACGCCCUGAUAGCCCAGUCGCAGGCGACCUCCUCCAAGAGGGCCAACCGAAGAAUCCCGGGCGGAGCCACCCAUUCCCAGGACAAACUGCUCUCGGUCUCGACCGAUGACCCUGAGGAUUACGCAUGGACAAACGUCGCUGGUUCUAGUCGGCGUAGUCAUCGGAAAAUUGCCUAUUUCCGCAUGUGCGGCCCCCUUUUAUUGGGAAUCAUUGGCAUUUUAAUUGUGGCCAUUUUGUACUGGCUAUAUUUCGAUUUGCGUCAGCAACUAACCGAUUAUCGUCAGAAGAUCGAAGAGGUGUCUGCCAUGAGCAAAAACUUUCCGGACACCCUGCAAAGAUGGCACGAAACAUCGUCUUACCUGCUGAAGAAUCAAACAGCCGUCAUUACGGAAAUAAAUGAAAUGCAAAAGACCAUGGAGAGUUUACGCAAUAACUUUAGCAAUCUGGAGGCGGCAGUGGCAGCUCAGAGAAACCACGGCAAGGAUGAGAAGUUGGUGGCCGACUUUGGGGCCAAGAUAGAAGCCGUGGCCACCGAUAUAGAGGCCAUCAAGGAGCACUACAACAAGUACACCGAGGUUCAGAAAACCCUGCAGGCCGAAACAGAAGCUUUAAAGGUCAAUCUUUCGCAAUUACCCACGCUUCAGGCCAACGCCUUGCCCGCAAACUUAUCGGAAGAUAUUGCAGCUCUCAACAAAACCACUCUUAACUCCUUUAAGUUAUUGGCCAACGAUCUUAAGGAUGUGAAUAAUACCCUAAGUCAAACAACGAAAAUGCUCGGCGAGGAAAUAUCAAUGCAUAAGACAAAAAUAGACGACCUGUUGGAUCGAUCGGAGAACAUUACGUCCCAUGUGGCCACAAUAAGUAACAGUUGGCCGGAAUACAAGCAGAAAGUAACAGGCUUCGAUGAGUCCAUAGAUAAAAUUGAAAAAGAGAUAACGCUGGCAAACAGUAAGAAUAGCAUGCUUGCUGCUUCUAUGGAUCAGCUGAAGAGCUUUUGCAUUCAGAGCAUGGGAAAUACUAAACCUCCCAGUGCAGAUAGCUCAGUAGUCCCCAAGCCUGAAGCCAAUGCCGCCAAGCAGGAAUUUAUAAAGCCGUCUGCAAAUGCCACAGAAAAGCUGCAGGAAUCUAUGAAGCUGUAAGCAGUUGCAUUGUUUUAAGAGAUGCCCGUUGUAUUACCACAUUUGUUCGAUUCCGUGUUUAGCCAGUAAGACUGCAUGGGUUCCAUGUGCAAAAGUCAAAGCCAACGAUAACUAAAUUACAUUUAACACACGAAAGCUGCAAUGUACAUAUGGUUCAAAGAGCUAUUUAACUUAAUGACGCAUUAUAGGAUGGCGAAGUGCACGUGUGAUUUCAGUUAAGUUUACAUUUAAAGUCCGUUUUAGAAAGCGUAAUUGUACAUAAGGGAGUGAAGUAAAUUGUAAGUUCAAUAUUAUUCACUUUAGAUACACGAUAUGUAUUUUAUUUCCAUUUAAUAAAAUCAAACUAAAGCUCACAAAGAAAAA